AUGUCUCGCGAGGAAUACCAGAUCCCGACCGGCUCCGCCUCUGCCUCCGUGGGUGGUGGUGCUGGUGCGGGCGCGGGCGGCUCCUCUUCCUACAAUGCCCCUGCGGUGCGCGACUACACAGGCUCCGGUGCCGACGGCGGUACAAUGUACUACAUGUGCGGCGACUGCGCGGUGCGGGUGCCGCUGGAGAAAGGCGCGGCCAUCCGUUGCCAGAAGUGCGGCGCACGUGUCUUGUACAAAGAGAGGACGAAGAGGAUGGUCCAGUUUGAAGCACGAUAG